GAGUGGUGUUAGAACAGAGCAGUGGGUCUGUUCAUGUGUGUCACACGGUAAAAGAGGAAGGGAGAACAUUUCUAAUGAAGUAUAAACACCUAAUUGGAGCUGCAACGUAUUUUUAUCCAAAAAAGGAAUACUUUUAGAUUUAUGGGAGACCAGGAGAACAUUUGGAGCAGCCCAUAGAUCAUGGAGAAUGUGAGCACGUCUGCCUUGUUCAACCUAUCGGACCUACCAGUGGAGAUGAACUCAUCGUCUUACUCGGAGUACAGCGAGGCCGAGGCAGUGCUGCUGGGCAUCAUCAUGGCCCUGCUGGUUUUGGGCAUCGUCUUUGGCAACGUGCUGGUCAUCACCGCCAUCGUGCGCUUCCAGCGGCUGCAGACGGUCACCAACAUGUUCAUCACGUCUCUGGCCUGUGCUGAUCUGGUCAUGGGCCUGCUGGUGGUACCCUUCGGCGCCUGCUACAUCCUCCUCAACACCUGGCACUUUGGCAGCUUCCUGUGCGAGUUCUGGACGGCGGCAGACGUCUUGUGUGUGACGGCCAGCAUUGAGACGCUGUGUGUGAUCGCGCUGGACCGUUAUCUGGCCAUCACAUCGCCGCUGCGCUACCCGUCCCUGCUGACCAAGCACAAGGCGUGCGUGGUGGUUGUGACGGUGUGGGGCGUGGCCGCCCUAAUCUCCUUCCUGCCAAUCCACAUGAAAUGGUGGGUGUCUGACGAGCCCGAGGCGCUCAGCUGCCUGGAGAACGCCCACUGCUGUGACUUCAACACCAACGCCGCCUACGCCGUUGCCUCCUCCGUCGUCUCCUUCUACAUCCCACUGGCGGUCAUGGCCUUCGUCUACGGACGCGUCUUCCAGGAGGCCAGGAAGCAGCUGCAGAAGAUACGUGGCAGCGAGGGACGGUUCCACGCCCAGAUUAUCAACAACAACAAGGGGCAGGAUGGUGGGGGAGGAGGAGGGGGGAACGGGAAGAGGCCAAAGUUCUGUCUGAAGGAACACAAAGCACUGAAGACGUUGGGGAUCAUCAUGGGAACCUUUACUCUCUGCUGGCUGCCAUUCUUCGUGCUCAACGUGGCGGUGACCAUCUGGAAGGUGGACAACAUUAAAAUGCCUUUCAGGAUAUUGAACUGGAUAGGAUACGCCAACUCAGCAUUCAACCCCCUCAUAUACUGCAGGAGCCCUGAGUUCAGGUACGCCUUCCAGGAGAUUCUGUGCCUAAGAGGGACUGCUUUCCCCACUAAUGAAUACAUGUACAGAGGACACAGUUUGCAGGUUAGCCCUAAGGAUAAGCCAGGCAGCUCUAUACAUGAUACUGGGACCAUGGAGCUGAGUACUGGCUCUCGGUCUAGUGUCCCCAACACGAAAAGAAAUUGCAAUAAACCUUCACUUGCCUCUAUUGUCUGAAUCGCAGGUUGUUACCAGUAGACUGGUCUUUCUCGUUUAGUCAGACCUGCUGAGCAGACAUGGGAUAGGAAAAGACAUGUGAAUCUAUUUCCAAUACUUAAAUGUGUUACUAUAAGAAUAGUAUUCUAGUAAUGUGUAGGUUAUUAAAUGUUAUAUGUUUCAACUUAAUAUUGAACAGUCUGAAAAAGACUUAGGAAGUAUUGUUUGUGUACGUGAUCAUGUGUACGUGUGGUUUGUAGACAUGAGUAUGUGCACAUGUCAUGUACUCUAGCGCUUGUGUCUGUGUGUAUUUCAACACCAGGGUUCAGGUACUAAGUUCAUGUCUCCAGUUUGGUUGCACAAAAAAAAAAAAAAAUCUACCUCAUUAGCAUUGUUUUUGAUUCACCUCCAUCUCAAAGAGCUUCAAGAACAAAUCAUUAUAAUCUGUUUGUAUGAAAAUGAAUAAUGUUGUCUGUCUGUUGAACUGGCUGUUCUUUGCUGGGAGUGGUCUGAAAGACAUGGAAAGGCCAGGGUAGGAAAGGUCCAGAGAAUUAAGAGAUCAAAUUAGGGUUCUACAGUAAUAUAUGUCCCUCCCACUUGUGCCAGCCCUCUGUCUGUAACACAUUCCAUAUUGAUCUGGGUCUCUCUCCCAGGGGCUUCUGUCUGUCUGUGGGAUUCUGAACGCUCCCUCGGCCACGGCCCACAAAUCCAAAUCUCUGACGAGUGCCGGCAGGUGCAUAUCAUCACAGACAGGCACUAUUACCAGCUGCACCGCACCCAAAAACAUUUAAACAGACGCUCACGCUGCUCUGUCCCACUCCCUCCAGCCACCACCUUCAGUACCUCAACCUUCACCUUCUCUACAACACCAUUUAAUAAGUGUGGUUACAUACGCAUGUCCUGCCGCCCCUCAGACAGACAAGCCUCAAUAACCCUUGCAAGCACGGUAUAGGUCAGAGCAGCAGUACCUUAAUGCUGGGUAGUAUGACCACCAUUGUACGUCAUUCUGACACCAAUACCCAGCCAGUACAUUUAGACUGUAAAGUUAUAUUUAGUGAUUGCUUUUACACUCUACCUUGCUGCUUCUCUGUGUUAUUAGUUGUUAAUGGCGACCGUGGGAACGGCUGUUGUUGUUGUGCUGUUCUCCGCUGUUGCUCUAGUGUUUCAAGUUGUAUUUUUGGGGAGGUUUUAUUUAUUUAUUUAUUUAUUUGUUGUUGUGAAGCUACAGUGUUUACAGAGAUUCAUGGACAAGCUGUCUGAUUUGGGAGACAAACAGAAUGUAGUAAUAGAUAUACGCAAUGUACUAACAUAGUGAAAAUAUAAGGAAAUAAACUACUACAGUAAGGGA